AUUUCUUUCGACACGUUUACAAGUGCAAUUCCUUCAGUCUGUUCCAGCCUUGGGGGCACCUUUGAUAUCACUCAUUCAGACCAAAGCCCCAAAUUCUUCCAAUGCAAAGGGAUUGCAUCGGGUGUUGGGGAUAGCACCACAACCAUCUCAGGACAGACAUUCCCUGUACAUUGUGGGUACGGGGCUCAAACAGGCUCCUGA